UCACAGUCAGGCGACACUCUUUCUUUGUCAGUGAACAAAAUGGCGUCUUACUGUUUGACUGUCACUAGGCUGCGGCUGGCCCUUGGAACUGGGGUGAGACGGUUUCAUGUCUCCGCAGCCUUCAGCGCAAAAGCCAAGGUGGCCAUGAGCCGCUUUGAGCCCGGCUCCAGCAUUAACUAUGAGAAGAUGCACGAGAACAUCAACACUGUACGCAGGAGGCUCGGCAGGCCUCUCACUCUGUCGGAGAAGAUCGUGUAUGGUCACCUGGAUGAUCCUGCAGGGCAGGAGAUUGACCGUGGACGCACUUACCUGCGCCUGCGUCCGGACCGCGUGGCCAUGCAGGAUGCCACAGCGCAGAUGGCCAUGCUUCAGUUCAUCAGCAGCGGUCUGCCCAAGGUGGCUGUGCCCUCCACCAUCCACUGUGAUCACCUGAUUGAAGCUCAGAUCGGAGGGGCUCAGGACCUGCAGCGGGCUAUGGUGGGUCCAAAGCCGGUGCUGACGAUACCGGACGACCCCAGAGUCAUCGGCUCCUUUGACCUCAACCACUUCUCCGUCCGCAUCAUGUCCGUGGACUACCAGGCGUCCGGCCCCGUCCACGCCUCCCACGCCUCCCCCGGCCCCCGCCUCAACUUCAGCGAGGACUCAAAGGUGAUCCUGGGAGAUUCGGCCGAGGACGCCUUCGCGUACGUUCACCACCUGACCCUGUACGACCUGGAGGCUCGGGGCAUGGUGCGUCCCUUCUGCAUGGCCUACGUGUGCUCGGACCAGGCCAAGCUGAUGGAGAACUUCACCGAACUGUCCACGUGCUUCUCUCGGGCGUCUGACAGCCUCAAGACGGGGAACAGGCAGGCGUUCUCCAUGGAGCUGCAGAGAAAACUGCAAGAGCUCGAGUACAGGAGGCUGACUCUGCUUCAGGAGACAAAACAUCUGUCGACUGUAAACGGCUUCACAGAAGACGGAGGACAAGCCGGUGAUCUCGAAUCUGUGGAGCGUUCAAUCUUAAACCACAGAGACCUCCUGCGCCAGGUCACAUCCUACCCAAACAGGAAGCUCAAACAGCCUGACUUCCUGCCCUACGACCCCGCCGACUCCCUCGCUGAUCCCACAGCUCUGCUGCCCACUGAGCAGAGCCCCCCCACGCCCUCCCCCCGCAGGUCCGAGCACAGCCUGAAGCCCCUGCAGGAGCUCUGCAACGACUACUUCCUCUCCUUGAUGAAGGAGCAGCUGGAGGACACGGAGCGCCGCCUCCGAGGCGACAGGAGCGUCCUGCGAACUGUUCAGGUGUCGCGCUCCUUGUCCAGGAGGCUCACGCUCACCAACUUCUUGUUCGAUUACUGGAGCACCGAGAACGAAGAGGAGGAGGAGAAGGAGGUCGCUGAGCUGCAGAGGGCGAGUCAGAGCGUCGUCAGGACGACCAGCUCUGAGCCAAUGAGCCUGGAGUCUUUCUGCUCCUGUGUGGAGGAGAUCCCCAUCAAACUGGAGGCAGGAGGGACGGUGACCUCUGACCCCAGCGUUGUCAUGGAGAUGACAGGAAGCGUGAGCAGCAGCGACAGCAUUGAAGUGCUCGGCACUGAGAAAUCCUAUCGGACGCAGCAUGACGUCGAUGGGUGUGACAGCAGAGAAACACCGGUCCUGCUGAUGGACCCCCCCCUCAAACGAGCGUCGGUGGACACAGGUGCCAGACGCGUGCGAGCGUACGCCAGACGAGCCAACAGCGAGGACAGCAUCGAGGUCCUGAGCACCACCGACUCCAUCUUUCCCGACGACCUCACCGCCAUCACGGAGGAAGAGGCGGAGCAGCAGCAGCCUCUGAGCAACGGCUGUGACGACGACGAGGAGACGCUGACGGAGUGUAAACCUCACAGCGACUUCAGAGAGGAGAAGAUCCUGAACGUGACCAGCGAAGGACGCCAACAUGAAGACGAUCAGUUCGCUCAGAGGGACGACGGUGAUGAUGACAGAGAAGAGCCUCUAAAGGAAGUGACUGUUCGCGAUGGCGUCGAGAUCAAAGAGGAACCAGUCGAGUGUUUGAAGAAGAAUCAAGAGCACGAAGACGAGCGUCCUAAGAAAACGUCUAAAAUACUGAAAGUCAAAGAAGCAGUGGAGCUGAUGCCAAACCUGUCCAAAGUCCGUCAGAUGGUCCAGCUGGUGCCGGACCUCCGUGUGAACUUCGCCCCCCCCGUCGCCCUGGCGGAGGCUGAACGCUGGUCGCCGCCCCGCGCCCCUUUCAGGCAGCUGAGCAUCGACGAAGCGUCUGACUGCACCAGCUUCACAGGCUCCUCGGAGCCCCCCUCCCCCACUCAGAACAUCCACACCAACGCCCGUUCAGACAGGAGGAGAAGGAAGGCCGGUCUGAGGGCCCUCAGGUUCGUCAAGCAGAACUCCUUCUCCCAUCAUGCCGUGUUUUGCCUCUUGAGUGGCCGGCCGCUGGUUGUCAUCGGAGGAGACGAGAGUCUGGUGAGGAAGCUGGUGGACGCUCUGAGCCUCUUCCUGCCGGCUCCCGAUAGGAACGCUGUGACGCCGUGUCUGACGUCGCCGCUUCAACUGACUGACCUGCUCACCUGGAGGCUGAUCGGGAUACACAGAUCUCCCUCCAGCUCCUCGUCCAGCAUCAUUCACUCUCUGAGCCGCUACAGUCGUUACCUGGCUCUGCUGGACCUGGACCAGAGGACGCUGCGCUGUCCGUCAUACUCUGGCUCCCUCAUCAGCAGGAUGGCCGAUCCUCACAGCGCCAUCAGCCGAGGCGCCACCUACCUGCUGCACCUGGAGAGCUGCCUGACCGCGCUGGUCAACCAGGCUCUGCUGUUCACGUUUCGUCCUGCCUCACGACGUCCCAGCGGCACCGACGGAAAAGAUUACCCCCCCGCACCAGGAUUCUGCGGCAGCGAACAUGACGCGAGAGUGAUGAACUUCCUGUCCGAGCUCAUCAAACAGCGCCACGCAGGACGCGGACCGCCGGUUUUAAGGUUCUCUUACAGCUCGGUGCAGCUUCACAGAAACACGUACACAACAUGAAGUCCACGAGACACCGGAAGAACACAAAACGAAUGCACUGAAUUCUGUGUAAUUUUAUCUGAUGCUGAAGGUUUCACAUCAUCUGACACUGUGAACAUGUGACGACAAAACAAUCACAUGAUGUUUGUAUGUUGGUGUGGUUACAUGAUUCCUGCUCCGUCAUGUAUCUGUUUACUGUACAUUAGUGCACUAGUGUCUCUCGGGCACCAAAAACCUUUAACAUGCUCGACGUGUCAAGUACUUAAAGGUUUUUCUUUUUAUUGAAGUGUGUUUUUAAAAUGUAGGUUUUAACGUGUGAACUCUGUGAUUUAAGACAAUUGAGCCACGUGUGUGCAAUUUUAAACCAGCAACAGUCUGAACGCAGAAUCACACGGAGGCUGAUUCAGUUUUACGUUUAGUAUUAAAACAGUCGAGCUGAAGCUUCGAGCUCGAUUCUGAUUUUAAAGAUGGACGACUCACUUUCCAGUCGUCCAUCUUUAAAUAGUUUAUGGUUCAACUCGACCUGUUGGUGAAGACGUUUUUAAAAUGUAGCCAUGGAUUUUAUUAUUCUUCUUGUGAAGCACUUCGUGAAAUCGUUUUAGUUUCAAUAAUUAGCAGCAGUGGAAGAAAUAUUCAGACAAAAAGUAUUCGUACUGUAUAAAUUACUCUAAUAACAACAUUCAAAAUCCAGAUUUAACAAUCUGUUGUUUGUGAAAUAUUUCUUGUCAAUCAAUGUGCACUUUGGUGAAUUUUACUUUUAAACUCUGAUUU